GGGUCAAGGUCAGUAGAGGGUAAUUCGUCAGACAGUCCUGGAAAACACAGGAAGUAAAACUGGGUGUGAGUGUGAAAGAGUAGUUUGCUUUUUCUCGUCUGUCAGCAGUCUUAAAAGAGGGGUGGGAAGAGUGAGAGGUUCACGUAAUAAACAGUUUUUGGUUUUUGUUUUCAUUGGUAAUAUUUGGUGUCAAAUAGACUAAAAAAGUUGAGGUGUUUUGAAAUUUGCAUUCUGUUGGACUGUAACUUUUCUAACCAGCCUGCUGUCAGAGAAACAUAGGGCACACAGGGUUUAACUCUUCUGACUUUACUUGAACACCAGAGAAAUUAUGAUUAAUACUUGAAAAGGAAGAAGAGAAGCCAUGUCAUUCUUUGGCUUAGACUGUACGCGGAAGAAAGAAAAAGAGGUGGAGAGGAAAAUCAGAGCAAAUGACAGAGAAUAUAACUCAUCAUUCAAAUAUGCUACCAAUUCCAUCAAGACCUCCAAAUACAACCCCUUCACUUUUCUGCCUCUCAACUUGUUUGAGCAAUUCCAGAGGAUCGCUAAUGCCUACUUCCUCUUCCUGCUCAUCCUACAGGUUAUUCCUGCUAUUUCUUCUCUGUCCUGGUUCACCACUGUUGUCCCUCUAGUCUUAGUAUUAUCAGUGACUGCAGCCAAAGAUGCCAUUGAUGAUAUUAAUCGCCACAGAAGUGACAGGAAGGUGAAUAACCGUAAAGUGAAUGUGCUCAUCAGUGGAAAACUGAUAAGCGAGAAAUGGAUGAAUGUGCAAGUGGGAGACAUCAUAAAGUUGGAGAACAACCAGUUUGUCACAGCAGAUUUGCUCCUGUUGUCCAGCAGCGAACCUCUCAACUUAGUGUACAUUGAAACUGCGGAGCUGGAUGGAGAAACCAACCUGAAGGUUAAACAGGCUCUGACUGUUACGGGAGACAUGGGAGACAAUUUGGAGGCUUUGGCUGCAUUCAAUGGGGAGGUGUACUGUGAGCCUCCUAACAACCGUCUGGAUCGCUUUACAGGCACGCUGACGUUCGGCACACAGAAAUACUCUCUGGACAACGAGCGAGUUCUGCUGAGGGGCUGCACGCUCAGAAACACAGACUGGUGUUUUGGCCUGGUGUUGUUUGCAGGCCCAGAGACUAAGCUGAUGCAGAACUGUGGGAAAAGCACCUUUAAGAGGACAAGUAUCGAUCGACUCAUGAAUGUACUGGUGCUCUUCAUUUUUGGGCUCCUGGCUCUUAUGUGUAUUAUUCUGGCUGUGGGGAAUGGGAUUUGGGAAAACCAUGCAGGGUCAAAGUUCAAUGCCUUCCUUCCACGGAAAGAGAACACUGCGUUUUCAGCGUUCCUCACUUUCUGGUCUUACAUUAUAAUCCUCAACACUGUGGUGCCCAUCUCAUUAUAUGUCAGUAUGGAAGUAAUUCGGUUAGGCAACAGUUACUACAUCAACUGGGACAGGAACAUGUAUCAUGCACGAACUGACACGCCGGCUGAGGCUCGAACCACAACGCUCAACGAAGAGCUCGGUCAGAUCAAAUACAUCUUCUCAGACAAAACCGGCACGCUCACCCAGAACAUCAUGACCUUCAACAAAUGCUCCAUUAAUGGGAAAUCUUACGGAGAUGUUAUUGACCACUAUAGUGGACAGAGGCUGGAGAUCACAGAGGAAAUGACACCAGUGGAUUUCUCCUUUAACCGUCUUGCGGACCCAAAAUUCUUCUUUUAUGAUCAUAGUCUGGUAGAGGCUAUAAAGCUGGAGCUUCCAGACGUUCAUGCUUUCUUCAGAUUACUCGCUCUCUGUCACACUGCCAUGGCAGAAGAGAAAAAGGAGGGUGAUCUAGUGUACCAGGCCCAGUCUCCUGAUGAGGGCGCUCUGGUCACAGCCGCGCGUAAUUUUGGCUUUGUGUUCUGCUCACGCAGCCCUGAGACAGUGACAAUAGAGGAGAUGGGGAUUCAGAGGAGCUAUGAGCUGCUAGCCAUCCUGGACUUUAACAAUGUGCGAAAAAGGAUGUCUGUAAUUGUUCGUAAUCCAGAGGGCAAGCUCUCCCUGUACUGUAAAGGAGCAGACACCAUCAUAUAUGAGAGACUACAUCCUUCCUGCAGCGAACUGAUGAAGGUCACCACAGAGCACCUCAAUGAGUUUGCUGGUGAGGGGUUGAGAACUCUUGUUCUUGCAUAUAAGGAUUUGGAUGAGGAAUAUUUUUCAGAGUGGAAACAGCGCCACCAUGAGUCCAGCGUGGCGCUGGAGGACCGGGAGGAGAAUCUGGAGAAACUAUACGAGGAGAUUGAGAAAGACAUGAUGUUAAUCGGAGCCACUGCAAUAGAGGAUAAACUUCAGGAUGGAGUCGCUCAGACCAUUGAACAGCUGGCCAAAGCUGAAAUCAAAAUCUGGGUGCUCACUGGUGACAAGCAAGAGACCGCUGAGAACAUUGGCUACUCAUGUAACCUGCUGAGGGAGGAGAUGAACGACGUGUUUAUUGUUGCAGCUAACUCACCCGAGGAGGUCAGACAGGAAAUGAGGGAUGCCCGUUUAAAAAUGUGUCCUGCUACUGAACAAGACAAAUUCCUUAUUCCUGAGGUUAUCCUGGGUAAUACUCCUAAAGUGGUUCUGGAUGAAAAUGUAAAUGGCGACUACGGACUGGUGAUAAAUGGACACAGCCUGGCAUACGCUCUGGAGAGCAACAUGGAGCUGGAGUUUUUACGGACGGCUUGCAUGUGCAAGACAGUCAUCUGCUGUCGAGUGACUCCUCUGCAGAAAGCUCAGGUGGUGGAGCUGGUCAAGAAAUAUAAGAAAGCGGUCACUCUUGCCAUAGGAGAUGGAGCUAAUGAUGUCAGCAUGAUUAAAGCGGCUCAUAUCGGUGUGGGUAUCAGCGGUCAGGAGGGGAUGCAGGCAGUGCUGUCUAGUGACUUUUCUUUCGCUCAGUUCCGUUUCCUGCAGCGCCUCCUGCUGGUACACGGCCGCUGGUCAUACCUGCGCAUGUGCAAGUUCCUCCGUUACUUCUUCUAUAAGAACUUCACCUUUACCUUUGUGCACUUCUGGUAUGCAUUUUUUUGUGGCUUUUCCGCUCAGACGGUGUAUGAUGAAGGCUUCAUCACUUUGUAUAACUUGGUAUACACUGCCCUGCCUGUUCUGGGAAUGAGUCUGUUUGACCAGGAUGUGAAUGCUGGCUGGAGUCUGGAGUACCCUCAGUUGUAUGUGCCAGGGCAGUUGAGUCAGUACUUCAGUAAACGUGCUUUCAUGAUGUGUGCACUUCACAGCUGUUACAGCUCUCUAGUGCUGUUCUUUGUGCCUUACGCUGCUACAUAUGACACAGUAAGAGACGACGGCAAAGAUAGUGCAGACUAUCAGUCAUUCGCACUGAUUACUCAAACCUGCCUCACAGUCACUGUGUGUGUACAGCUGGGGCUGGACCUCUCAUACUGGACUGUUGUUAACCAUCUCUUCGUUUGGGGAAGUUUGGGAAUGUUCUUCAUAUUGACCUUCACCAUGUACACUGAUGGACUUUUCCAGUUACGUCCAUCUUCUUUUGCAUUUAUAGGAACUGCCCGAAAUUGCCUUAACCAGCCCAACGUGUGGCUGACUGUAGCAUUGACAGCUAUACUGUGUGUGCUGCCUGUGGUUGCUUACCGGUUCUUCUACAGCCAGAUCUCUCCUACCAUCAAUGACAAGGUGAGGUAUAAGGUGCGUCAGAUGAAGGAGCCCGCUCCUCGUCCACGCCGCACCAGGCUCACCCGAAGGAGCACACGGCGGUCCGGUUACGCCUUCUCGCACGCUCAUGGUUAUGGUGACCUCGUGACCUCUGGCAGAUUUCUGCGGCGACAUGCACCUGCUCGCUCCUUGGGCUUGAUUCCCACAGGACGCUCUCCUGGGUUCAAGCCCACAGGUCGGUCUGCGGGCUACAGCCCGGUCGGGCGAGAACAGAACCCCAAACAGAAAGUAGAACCAACGUCACUGCAGAUGUUCCGUGCGGUUAAAGACUCUUCCUUUUGAGGGUGCAGCUUUUCAACCAGUGCUAGAACCAAAACCCUAAAUACUGUUUACAGGGUUUGAACUCUUGGGGACAAUUUCACAGCUGCUGUGUUAUGCGUAUAUAGCAGAAUACUGUAUAUGCACACUAAGAACAAAAGACUUGAUUCCGAAAUGUACGAAAUCUUGUUGGGGAGUGUGCAUAGACACAUUUGUCACUCGCAAUGGAAAUGUGGUUUACAGCAAGAACAAACUGAAAUAUCCGUCAUGCCGAAGGACAGAGAGUAUAUACUUGUCCUUUCUACUGUCAUCACUACAACGGGAGCGACAGACAAACUUGACUGCAAGAGAGCAAAAACAAUGGCAUGUACAUGAUAUCAUAGAGGAAGUCAUGAGUAAUUCAAAACACUGUUUCCUGUUCUUUUCCUCUUCCAGGUACUAUGUCGACUAACUCCUUUUGACAUGAGCCCCGAGUUCAGUAUAAACCACACCCAACAGUCAUUUUACAGUUAUUUCAUAACUCAAACGGGACAAAGCAUAUUUCCUAUACUUUUUCUUUUUUUUUCUGAGGUCCAUUUAUAAUAUUAGUCAACUUUUUCUUUUGCACAAAAACAGUCCUAGUUUCAUUUUUCCUCCCUCUUUCUGGCCUGUAGAAUUAAAGGGAUAGUUCACCAAAAAUGAAAAUUCUGUCAUUAAUUGAUGUCGUUCCAAACCCAUAAGACCUUCGUUCAUUUUCGGAACCCAAAUUAAGAUAUUUUUGAUGAAAUCCGAGAGCUUUCUGACCCUCCAUAGAGAGCAAUGCAACUGAAAUAUUCCCGGACCCAGAAACAUACAGUAGUAAGGACAUCGUUAUAAUAGUCCAUGUGACAUCAGUGAUUCAACUACGUGUGGUUCAACUUUCAUCAAAAAUAUCAUAAUUUGUGUUCUGAAGUUGAACGGGUUUGGAACGACAUGAGGGUGAGUAAUUAAUGACAGAUUUUUUUGGGGGGGUGAACUAUCCCUAUAAACAGGCCUUUUUGCUACUGUACCUUUAAGAGCUCAUAUAAGAGCUUUCUUAGCACGUGAAAUGAGUAAAGGCCUGUUCAGACCAAGAACAUUAACUAUAACGAUAAUUAUGUUAGCAUCCACACCAGGGAGUGAUAACAUUGUUUAUUAGAUUGGAUUGGAUUCUGAUUGGCUGUCAGUUUUAUUUAAUUUUUUUUCUGUCAGCUGGGGAAAGAAAGUUUUGCAAGCGAUUCUAACAUUAUUGUUCCUCUGUUUCGUUAUUGUUAUGGUGUGUGUUAUUCUGUUAAAUUUAUUGUUAUAGUUAUCAUCAUUGGUGUGAACAGGCCUUAACGGUGCUGAAAUGGCCCUCAAAUAGUUAAGAUUGGAGUGACAUGAUCAAGGACCUUGUUAAAAAUAAAGUCAGCUGCUUUACUAAGUUUGGGAUGCAUUGGACAGUAACUGACAGCCAGAAAAAGCCCAUAUCUUACACUUAUCUUUACCAACUUGUUACCAGCUCAAAUAAUCAUAUCUAUAAUAGUAUCCAUCCCAUUAUUUCACCGACUAGGCAUUCCAAGUUGCUGAAUAGACUUUAUUUUUGUUCAUGUGGGGGGUUUGUGUUAAUGUAUUCCUCACUUUGACAGCACACAGUUAGAACUUCCAGAACUUCAGCUUCCAGAACAAGACAUUUUUGCAGCUUUGUUUCUACACAUGGAGUAGGACAGGGGUUUUGACUUCCAAAUGUUUCAGUAUUUUAAAUCCCAAAGUCACAUAUUUCAAAAGAUCAAGGAAACAUCCAUUUUUCAUGUCAUGACAUCAUUAUGUCUAUGUUUAGAGCUAAAAUGAAAUGAGGAGACCAAUUUGGAGAUAUUCAUAGUAUUAAAUACUACUCAUAGAGUGCCUUCCAUAUGACGUUGACUUACAGAUCAAUGUUAGCAUAAAGAGUUCUUAUGGUUUGAGAACAUACAAGUGUAUUUUCAGCACAGUAAAAAAACAUUGUAAAUCAGCAUUACUUGGUAUACUAAUAUACAUCCUAUUCAUACCCUAGUUGUACUAUGCAAAUCCUGUAUUUUUUUUUUUUUGUACAAAUAAAAUACUUUUUUACACUUUUUA